CUCCCAUCCCUUUUCCUUUUUUUCGUUAUUACUUUAAAAAAAAAUUACUAACAAAAAGGAGAAAAAAGAAAAGGAAAAGAAAAGCAAUUUUAGCAAACACUACAAUCAAUCAAAAAAGAAAAAAAGGAAGAGAAACCAGAUUACAGAUUAGAUCUAGCCAUUGCUUUUCCUUUUCCCUUUCACACACACACAGUAUAUUUUUUUCAUUAGCUUAUUUUUUUUAUCAGUGAGCUUCCACAGAUCUCAGCAAUGCAAAUGUAGGCCGUUUUUCUCAGCUCAGUUGAAUGACAGGGGAGAUAAAGAGUUGCAAAGUGUCCCUUUGCAUUUUGUGAGUAGGUGGAUACUAUUGCUAUUAGAAGUUAAGACGAAAGAAUUUGACCGUGUUGUGCCCUCAAAGCCAUCUUGCCCAUGGCUUCGGAGCAGAUUAGAUUUCUGCAGCCACAGCAAGCACCAGCAUCCCGGCGCAAGAGGUGGGGAGGUUGUUGGAGUGGACUUUCUUGUUUUGGUAAACAAAAAGGUGGAAAACGAAUCGUGCCUGCAUCAAGAAUGCCUGAGGGAAACCAAGCUUCGAAUCAGCCAAAUGGACCUCAAGCUGUUGGCCUGCCCAAUCAGACAACUGGAAUUGCUCCAUCUCUUUAUGCUCCACCAUCUUCGCCUGCUUCCUUCUCGAAUUCCGCACUCCCAUCUACAGCUCAGUCACCCAGCUGUUUCUUGUCUGCCAACUCUCCUGGUGAUCCUUCGUCUACUAUGUUUGUCACAGGUCCAUACGCCCACGAGACACAACUGGUCUCCCCACCUGUAUUCUCAACUUUCACAACCGAGCCAUCCACAGCUCCUUUAACACCUCCGCCGGAGUUGGCGCACGUGACUACUCCAUCUUCCCCUGACGUGCCUUACGCCCAUUUCCUCUCAUCUUCUGCCAAUAAUAAGAACAGUUACUUUACUGCAAAUGAUCUUCACGCCACAUAUUCACUCUACCCUGGAAGCCCGGCCAGUACUCUCAGAUCGCCCAUUUCUAGAACGCCCGAGAAGGAGUACCCCUCUCAGUGGAGUCCUUCAAUUCCUUCAAAAGAGCCCGUGUACUCGAAAUCUGGGUCAGGCCGGUAUAUUGGGCUAGAGGCAAGUGGUGCCAGCAAGUCGCGCCAAGAUUCCAAUUUCUUCUGCCCCGAGACGUUUGCGCAGUUCUACCUGGACCAGUCAUCACUCUCUCAUUCUGGUGGUAGGUUAAGUAUUUCCCGAGAAUCGGAUGCUUACACAAACGGUGGAAAUGGGCAUCAAAACCGGCAGGCAAAAGUUUCUAAACCUGAUCCUGAGGAACUGGAAGCUUAUAGGGCAUCUUUUGGGUUCAGUGCUGAUGAAAUCGUCACCACAACACAUUAUGUUGAGAUAUCAAACGUGUCGGAUGACUCGUUCAGCAUGACGCCGCUCACCCCCGACAAAUCUGCGGGGGAUGGAAACAUAUUAAAUGCACCAUCAAGAGAGAGGAUAGAGACAGGUAAGAGGCAGCUCGACGAUGCAGGACUGACUCAUUCUGGAGUACAUGGCUCGUACGACAAUAUCGAAGGUCAAGCCCCACAUAAGCGUAUAUCUGGGCGAGGGUUGCCAAGCAGCCACAUCCUAAGCGAUGAUGAAGAUAUCUACUCAAAGAUGGGGGCUCCUAGAAACGGCCGGAAAUAUCAAUUUGGCUCGUCCAAUUCUGAUGCGGAGAUUGAGUACAGGAGAGGGCGGAGCCUGAGAGAGGAACGCAGCUGGAGGCAAAGCUGAGGCCACCGAGCCUGAAACGAUCGCCCGUGUACGUAUUUGCAGCCGUUCUACUAUCAUCAUCAUCAUCAUCUUGUGUUUCAGUGUUGGGGGUUUCUUUGCUAAAUGAUUUUAACAUCUGAUCCAACCUUACUUUUGUGUGCGAGCUGUUUAAUAUAAUUUCUGAAGAGUUUGUUAUAUAGAUAUAUAUAUUCAAGAAUUCUGCAUGUAAGUGUAGAGACUGCAACUUUUGGCAUAGUUGAGUUGGAGAAAGAAUGCAAUCUGCACCUUUUUUUUUGUAUGUAAAUUGCUAAUAUAUGCAUCACUUCAAAGUUGGUAGUGGAAUUUUUCAGAGAA